GUGCAGCUCAGAAUUGCUUCCGACCGGAAACCGGCGACUGGCGGUGAUACAUUGCCGCUGCCGCUGCUGUAUGUGUGCGGGGGAAGCGGUGCCCGGGUACCCCCAUCAUCACAGCGCCCCCUGUAUUCAGAUGAAUGGCUGCAGCCCAUUUCCAGUCUCCUGUGAUCGGUGACAGUAGGUAAAGCGCCGUAUGGAUGGGAAACCUGAGAGCGAGCCACAGAUAAUUCCCUCCACCUUGAGUCACAUCGACUUCAUUGACGAUCCAGAAAACUUCAGUUAUAAUGAGUUUUUCAGCCGGUAUAUGCUCGCCAACACUCCGUGCCUCUUCUCCUCUAAAUUCACCCAGUCCUGGGGGAGCCGGAAAUCAUGGGUGACCUCCGAAGGCAAACCCAAUUGGGCCCAUCUGCUGCAGAAUUUCGGGGACGCGGUUGUUCCGGUGGCCAACUGUGAUGUGAAAGAGUAUAACGCUAACCCCAAAGAGCAGAUCCCUCUCCAGGAGUACAUCUCUUACUGGAGGGACUAUACAGAGAGCGCCUGCCAGUCUCCCAAGGGAUGUCUGUACCUGAAGGACUGGCACAUGAGGAGAGAAUUCCCGGGCGAGAAUGUAUAUGACACGCCAGUGUACUUCUCAUCAGACUGGCUCAAUGAAUACUGGGAUGCCAUAACCCAGGAUGAUUACCGCUUUGUCUAUAUGGGGCCAUCCGGCUCUUGGACUCCGUUCCACGCCGACGUCUUCCGAUCCUACAGCUGGUCAGCCAAUAUAUGCGGCCGCAAGAAAUGGCUCCUGUUCCCGCCGGGGCAGGAGGAGUACCUUCGCGACUGCCACGGAUGUCUUCCUUAUGACGUAACUUCUCCGGUCCUUCAGGAUACCAACCUGUACCCAAAUUAUAACAGGUGCUGCCCGCCGCUGGAAGUCUUACAGGAAGCCGGGGAGAUCAUUUUUGUGCCCAGCGUCUGGCACCAUCAGGUGUACAACAUGGAAGAUACUGUGUCCAUUAACCACAACUGGGUGAACGGUUGCAACGUGUCCGUGAUGUGGAGAUUUCUUCAGGCAGAGUUGGAGGCUGUGCAGAAGGAGAUCGGAGACUGGAAGGAGAACAUGGAGGACUGGGACGCGCACUGUCAGGUCAUCAUGAAAUCGUGCACCGGCAUCGAUUAUAAGGAGUUUUAUACUUUCCUGAAAACUAUUGCAGAGCACAGGAUCCGGGACCUGGAGAAUGCCCCCCAGGACUGCCCGCCGGAGGGGUCUGUGGACACAAUGGCCCCCGGUCCCCAACAUGCCCAUUUCGAUAUCGGGAAAAUUGCUGAUAUUUUGCUCUUACUCAUUAACAAUCAAGACUUUCAAAAAGUGGACAAAGAGGCUUUAAAUCCGCCUCCUGGGGAAUUAUUGUCACAUCUGCACAAGCUGAUCGAUCGGCAGCCGUCGCCUUGUUAGGAGACACCGCCUGUCUAUUUAUUUACAGAUAAAUAUAAUAUUAUAUCUUC